AAGCUCAGUCUCGUCUGUGAGAAGCGGAGAAAAGAAAAGUUUAUGUCAUUUGGCACUCAAAUUUGUUGCGAUGACAUCCCCGAAGUUUGUCUUCCAUCUGACAUGUUUGUUCCUGUGGAUAGCGGAAAGGAGUGGGGACAGCUUGACUUCGUCAUGUUUCACUACAAGAAUUCAGUUGAACAAACAGCUUCCUGGACAGAAAUUAUGGCUCAGCGUUACGUGCCACAACCUUACAAUAAAUGGCACCUCUCACUGUGAACUCGUGGACAAACUUAACCUGACAAGCACAAAUUUGACCAUCUUAGACUCAGUUACUUCCACCUGUGAAUAUUCAGUUUCAUACAAGAAUGGGAGUAUUAAUUUCACUGUAGAAGACAGGACCAAUCCGGACUCUGAGUAUAAGUUUUUCGUGUACAUCUUGAGUGGAGCUUUGGCAUUCACCUCCCUCCUGGUUGUUUUACUGGCUUGCACAGUGAUCAAGAUGAAGAGGAGAAACAGUUUCAGACUCCAAGAUUCUCAAGCGAGAUCGUCAGCUCCCUCCACAGCAAAUGAUGUAAGUUCCCAAGAGGCAGACGGCCUCCAUUAUGCGACUGUAAGUUUUAACCAGCGCGACGGAUCAGGACGACAGAGGGAGAACAACACCGUUAAUGAGUGCGUCUACUCCAGUGUGAGGCCGUAGAACUGGACAUGUGUCUUUUCCACUUCUUAAGUAAGACUGUAUUUGUUACUUUUAAAGUAAAUUUAAAAUGUAGACCUUGAGGUGAAUCUUUUAUUUUAUUAUUUUUUUUUCUUCCCAUUGCUCUGUUAUCACCGAGGUGAUAAGAUUAGUUAAGGUUUAGCAAUAUUCACAUGGACGGCCCUGUACCCUCUAGUGUUAUCGUUGUCACCUCAGAGUAAAGUCUCUAUCAAAUCAAACCAGUACAUUUUUUUAAGGUCAGAUUAAUUGAUGCUGCCCAAGAGACACACACACAGCUUUUAAGGAUGUCAUUGUCUGUUUUGUUUUGCCAACAGUGGCUUUUUCAGCACCCCUGUAAAUGUUCUUGUAUGCACAUUUUUUUUGUUAUUAAAGGUCACACAUGUAUGAACUUCUGUCUGAAACCAUGUGAAACCCUUAUACGUGCGUAGCAUCCUGUAAGCGUGACCUGGGAAAAGGUUGAAAGUGAAAAAAUGGCAUCCUCCAUGUUGAUUUACACAGGGCUCUGGCGUUUUUAGAGCAAAAAUAACUGCCUAAAGAUGGCUGCCAAGGGCCAAGACUCCUCUAAAAGGACUUUGGUUUUGAGUGUGACGGUGACACAAUCUAGGGAGGAAAUAGAUGCACUCAAGCUUUUUUUUGGUAGACCUUGAGGAAACUGUGCGCUCUGUUGUGUCACGUAGGUAGUUUAUGUGAAACUACACUUCCUGUGUGUUGUGCCCAGCGUACAGAGGCAGAUGCCGACGUGCUGCACAUGCAGCAAGUGUUGACCAGAUGUUACAUGGCCAAAACCUUUAUGAGGUACUAGUUGUUACGCAUGAUAAAAUGUGUUGUCUCUCUUUUGGUAAUCAACAUAAAAAUGACGCAAUGAAGCAUGCAGUACUCUUGGCGUGAUGACCCUUUAAUCCCCAUGCUUUUUGUAGUGUCUUCUCUUUUUGAGCGGCCCCUUUUUGUGGUUUCCAGCAGGACGCAAGGGUGCCUCUCGCACGGAUAUCCCUUAAAGCAUACAGUAAGAUUCAAAUGCAGCAGGUCAAAUUCAUAGAAUAAUGUCGACUCUGGGAGACCAGAUGCAUGCAACUUAAAAAGUUAUAUAAAGGUUUAUUUUUACUGAUUUUAAGUCAAAUUCUAUACAACCUGCUUCCUCGCCAUUUGGACCAAACCUGACACUAUAUGAGGCGGUGCACAAAAAUAGGACGCAGAGCACAUUGUCACUUCAGCUUGCACAAUCACACACACGCUCGUCGCUAAAGGGCAGAGGGGCUAUCUUACGUUCGUUUCAUUUCCCAUGGCAGUCUGAACACGAUGACACCUUCAGUGUUUGCUGUCUGUCUCAUAUGGCUGCUUGGGGGACAAAUGGCUCAGGCAACUGGUCCAAAGUCCUCAUCUAUUCAUCAGGACAGUGAUUUUGUAUCAGUUAGAGCUGGGGACGACGUUACGUUGCCAUGUUUCUAUAAAGGUGAAAUUGCUGCAAAGCUUUACUGGUAUAAACAACCUCUAGGACAGAAACCACAGCUCAUCUCUACUUACUACUUGUAUGAGGAAAAGGCCACCUUUUACAAUGACUUCAAGAACAACCCUCGUUUCACACUGGACACGGAAAAUGGCAAAAACUACUUGACCAUCGCAGAUUUGCACAUUUCAGACUCGGCUACCUAUUACUGCAUGAGGUGCUAUUUAAACAUGCUAGAAAUUUCAGAGACCAUUACCGUCGGUGUGACGGGUUCAGCUUCGAUCCAUCAGUCACCGUCUGAGAGCAUCCAGCCAGGAGGCUCUGUGACUCUGAACUGUACAGUACAAACUGGGACCUGUGAUGGAGAACACAGUGUUUACUGGUUCAAACACUCUCAAGAAUCUCAACCAGGACUCAUUUACAUUGAUGGAGGCAGGAAUGAUCAGUGUGAGAGGAAAGGCAACACACAAACACACACCUGUGUCUACAACUUGCCAAUGAAGAGUCUGAAUCGCUCUCAUGCUGGGACCUACUACUGUGCUGUUGCCACAUGUGGACACGUACUGUUUGGAGACGGGACCAAGCUGUACACAAAUGAUGAGGAUGCUUUCGGGUAUUUCUGGAGGGGAGCUUCAGCAUUCUUCAGCAUCCUGGCUGUUUUACUGGCUUUCUCGGUGUGCAUGAUGAACAGGGGAAACGGCUGCAAAACCUCAGGGUCUCGAUUGGGAUGUUCCGCUCCCUCCAAAGCAAGUGCAGAGGGUUACCAAAAUGCAAACAACCUCUAUUACGCUGCUUUAAGAGUGAACCUGACGAAGAGAUCAAGAAGACAAAGGGAUCAGACCUGGAGCGAGUGCGUGUACCUACGUGUAAAGCAGUAGAACUGGACAUGUGUUCUUUUGAUUAAGAAAUUGUAAUCUUGUAAAGCAAAUUUAGAUUAAAAUUGAUCUAAAAAA